AUGUUUAUGGGGUUGAUCCGCCGAGCAAAGCUUGGGUUAGCAGUGAUUUUGGUGCAGCUCAGUCCUGUGCUUGACCAGAACCUCUACUACAUGGGAAUGAAGAAUUUGAGUGCAACGUUCACUUCUGCAAUGUUGAAUAUGCUGCCUGCUUUUGCAUUUUGUCUAGCCUGGAUUUUUAGGUUUGAGAAGGCAAUGCAAUCUGGUGUUGCUUAUUAUGUGAUGGGAAUGGUAGUGAAGGAAAAGGGACCUAUUUUUUACUUGGCUUUUCAUCCCUUGGCCACAGUAGGUUGCAAUCCUGGGUUCCUUGUUUUAGCAGAACAAUUGUACAUUGGGAGUGUUAUCGGAGUGGCUUUAAUCAUCAUUGGUCUGUAUCUCGUUCUCUGGGGAAAAGCAAAGGAUCAGUCUCCUCCAUCACAGUGCUGCAUGAUCGAUGAAGUAGCACUAAUAACACAAAGAUUAAUAGAUGAUCAGCAACGUUAA